UUCUAAGACUUUCCAAUGAGCUGUUCUUAUUUUGUAAAGCUUUUAUUUAUUUGUCAUCGACAAAAAGCAAUUUUUUCUGAGGAAGCAUGUUUUUAUGCUUCCUGUGAUUUUUAUACAUCUAAAACAGGAUAAGAAUAAAACUCCAUGAUAUUUUUUGAAAUUUCUAAACAAUAUGAAUGCUCGUCAAAUGAUUAUUUCUGCAAUCGCAAGUAGACUAGAAAUAUUAUUAUGCAGUAUUAUGUAUCAAAGUGUUAUCGGUGCUGCUGAUAUCUACGAAGAGAUAAACAAGGAACUAAAAAAGUAUGGCCCAGGAUUAGAUACUGAGUGUGUUGGCGGAGGAAGAAUCAAUCACAAUUCAGCUAAACAGGCGAUUAAAGUUUACGGAUAUUCUCAAGGGUUCGGUAAAGCUGAUCAUCAGGUUUCAGUUGGCCUUCUGAAGCAGAAAUAUCCAAAUUACGUUAUCACGUGGUCAGAUGAUGGUUACUAAUAAUUAAUAAAUCUACAUUUAUAUUUUUUCGUUGUAAAAAGCGAUAAAAGCAACAACUCACAUGUGUCAAAUUUUUUUGGAGACGUUAUUUGCCGUACUCAAUAUAUUCUUACGUUACUGUCAGGUACACGGAGAAAAAUUCUGUGCAUGAGUCAUAGAUUAUGAAGUCAUUUCUGGGACUGAUUUUCAUAUAUAUCUCAAUAAAUUUUCCUAUCUUACAGUCAGCAUUUAUGCUGAAACCUUUGGUAAAAUCUGUGUAAUUUAUCACGGCAACAAAAAUUUUGUAUAGCAAAAUAUAAAUUUAUAGUAUAACGAGCCAAAGACCUCAGUGACGAUUUAAGAAGAACGAAAGGCCAUUUUUUCAAAUAAUUAUCGUUUAAAUGUUUAAUUUAUAUUCAGCAAUAAUUAGAUUAAAUGAACGAUAAUUGCGAGUAGCGAA